AUGUCUCUACCUCCUCCAUCCGAUCCCGCUGCUGCUGCUGCUGCCGCCGCUGCGGCACAAGCGGCUUUCCGUAGUUUUUCCACCGAAGCAUGGACCCUCCUCGCGGUUGCGAUUCUGGUGACCAGUAUCAGGAUGUACGCUCGGAUUGACGGCGUCGGAUUCAGAGGCCUUCAACCGGACGAUUACCUAGUGGUGGUUGGGGUGGAUUAUAGGCUCAAAAAUCCAGAUCUGCGGCUGGACGACCUAUGGGAUAUUGUUAUGGUCGCUGAAAGCGUCGCUACUGUUUGGCUUAAAGCGAAAAUAUCGGAUCCAAUUAUACAUUGGUUUUGGUUUCAUCGUCGUCAGCUGGGUCGCCGUGGUUCUGAACCUUUUCCUCGCAUGCCGUCCUUUCAACAAAUACUGGCAGAUAUAUCCAGAUCCCGGAAGUAUGGAUUUUCUUCAGGCAGUAGAGAAACACCCACGCGGCUAACUUCUCGGUUUGCGCUCUUUAGAUGUUUGCCAGCCAGCAGUCUCCAACCAGAUAAUUUGGGUCUAUCUCGGGUUCAAUGUCGCCACGGAUAUGUACCUUCUGAGCAUACCGAUUCCUAUGCUGUGGCAAUCAAGUAUCAAACCCAUGAAAAAAUCAAUGGUGCACAGUCGGCAGGGUCAUGGGCCGUCCGCGAAACUUUCAUUGCGGUAAUUACCACGAAUAUGCCAAUGAUCUUCCCGCUGAUGAAGUCCUGGUUUUCUACCGUCUUUGGUUCCCUAAUUACUUCACUCCGCUCGAACAAGACGACUGGUAACGAAGGAUCAAAAGACUUGCGCACAUUUGGUAGUAGUAGAAAAGGCCGCGGCCCUCCUACCGCAAACCCGAUCCCGAAUGCAACGUUCACCGAGAGCGAAGAGAGAAUUGUGGAGUACAAAAUGCAGGAUAUGACCAGCAAUCAAAGUAGAGGCAGCGGGAGAGAUGCGAAUUCAAUAGAGCAGGCUAAUGGCACUGACAAAAUGAUUCAGAAAACUGUUGACUUCACCAUUGUUACUGAGAAUGGAUCUACAGAGGGCCGACGUACGUCUCUUGGCAAGGAUGAUAAUGAAAGGAGGCAUACCAGGUUCGACUUUUCCGGAGAAUCUGCGACAAGACAUUUCCAUACUGGCAUUCAUGACAACCAUGCCAAUAUGCGGCGCUCUUGA